UUUUACUUUACUUGUAUCCAAACUAAAACACUUCUAGUAUUGUCCAACCCAAUCGAAUAUACAAAAACACAACAUCGUAUUGAAAAGCAGAAAUUCACGAAAAACUGCCGUAUUUAUCUUGUUAUAGUUUUGUUACAUUUGGUGGCUGUUCUUUCCUUAUGAUGGACGCAGCACUUGAACUUGAGGGCGGAAUUCUGGGUCUCGAUGAUGGAAUGCGGAUCGAUCGAAUUGGCGAUGCGACGGCAGGAGAUGCAGACGGUGAUUCGGAUUCGCUGGACGAUGCAGGACAGCAGCACCAGUUCCGGCGGGACAAUCGGCAGAUGGCCAUACUACUGGAUGCUCCUCAAGAGCCGCCAGUGGAUGCUUUUCCGGCCAGAGGAGGUCGUCCUGUGGCGGCGGAUGGUCCACUACGUUGGCGGAAACUGCGCAGUUUUUACACCAACGCUAAGCCAUCGCCUUUGCUCCGAAGUCAGCAGCCAGAAAUGUGCCUUCUAAUGGCCAAUGUUACGCGGGCCAUGAGGGAAGUUCAGGAGGAUCAGCGGGGCGAGUAUUUUGCCAACUAUUUGGUCGAGAACAUGACCAGUCAGAACUAUCCCAAUGGUGAGGGUCUGCCACAACGUUGGGGUCAGUUCUGAAUGAUCAUGCUUUGCCCGGGCGGCGAACUUCAGAAGAACGAGCUAACUCAUUAGGAUCCUAUCUCGUCCAAUCUGGUCCAAUAACCCACAACUACUCAUCAAAUACUUAUUCAAUACACCAGGAAUGUCCCUUCUCCUCGACUCCACCGAAAUAAGGAUACCUGUGGCUUGGCAAUGUUCACGUUUCAAUUACGUUUAAUAAACACCACGGUUAAGCA